ACAAGAGGUGGGUCGGUGCCGCUGGAAGGGGCGGUGGUCGCCGGCGUUCAGGGGCGUUGAUGGCGGGGUGCGGCUGCUGAGGAAUGUCGGCUGCGGCUUGUGGCGGAGCAGAGCUGGCACAGGCCAGGGUGGGACAAUGCGACUUGGUGUAGGGAAUGCCGGGGCUCGUUGUUGCCCCGCGUUGGGAGCGCUGAGGGAAGAGCCUGUGAGGAGGGGCCCGGCCUGGCGUCCAGGUGCGGGCCGCCUCUCCGCCGGAGUGCGGGAGGGGAGGGCGGAACGGGGAGCUUGCAGUCCGCAAAGGGCUGGCUCCAUCCCCGCACCUCGCUCGAGCGGCCGCCGCUCGCUGUCCCCUCUUUACCGCACAAAGCCGACGGAGCCGUGUUUCCUGUCCAGGGACCUGCUGAGAAAAACGAGCGUAACUUCCCCAUUGUUAACAGACGAGCCCUUCCAAAGGUGCAGUCCCGCGAGCGCCCCGAGGCUGGCCGGAGCGCGGGCUCGGCGGAGCGGGCACCGGCCGGUGCCGCAGCCCGGCUGCCUCUGUGGGCACCCCCGAGCGCCUCCCCUCAGUGGUACCCCUCGGGACUAGCAGCGCGUUUAUUCUGGUUUCCGUCUGAAUGUGGUGCAGUCACGUCAGAAGGAUGAGGAAGAUUUUUGUGUCCAACCAGUCUGUCAGGGCUGUGAGCAUUGCACAGCGGUUUGGGACCCAGAACAGCAGAGCAGGAUGUCAGCUAGGGCGCCCCAGGCAACGUUUGCUAUUAUCUCUUGGAAUCCACUUUUCUUCUUUAGACUCUUGCUCUAAUUUCUUUUAGCAGUUGUCAUCCUGCUGUGGGAGAAACACAGGAAGAAGAGAGCUGUACUCUUGGAAGAUGAAGAUUCUUUGGGGAAUUCAUGCUAAUGCACUGGCAUAUUCUAUGACUACCUUAGGUGCUGGAAUGAUGAACAGCAUUUUUAAUUUCUACUACGUUAAGCUUUUCCUAAACCGAUACAAAAUUUCAGAAACAGGAUUUCAUGUAGCACAGGUUGUGUUUAUGAUCUGGAACGCCAUCAACGAUCCCCUUUUUGGGUACAUUCAGGACAACUCCCGGCUGAAGUGCUGUGCACGGCGCCAGUUCUCCAUCCUGUACGGCGCCCCCCUGUACGGCCUGGCCUUCCUGCUGCCCUGGUUCCCCUGGAGGCUCUAUGGGGAGGGUGACUGGCUCUGCAGCCUGCACCUCAUCGUGGCCCUGUGUGCCUUUGAUGGGCUGCUGACCUUUGUGCUGCUGGCACAGUGCGCGCUCUUCACCGAGAGCUGCCCCCGGCACGACAGCAGGCUCCGGCUCAUUGAGUACAACCAGGUGGCCACGCUGCUGGGCUCCACCAGCGUUCUCUUCUGUGGGCUCAUCUCUGAUAAUAUGGAAAACUUUGCUUAUUUCCAGGUUUUUGUUGUUUUAAUCGCAGCGCUAGCGACAGCUUGUAUGUGUUGCACAGGUAAAUACAGCACUAGUCAGUAUGAGCAGAGGGAAAUUCACACGGAGGAUGCUCAUCUGGAAAACGGUGAUGGAACUUUCUCCUUGGCCUCAGUAGUUUCAUUGACCAAACAGAUCAUGACAGAGAAGAACUUUCUGUGUUUUGUAACAAUGAACUUCUUCCAAGUCUUCCACCAAGCCUUCUACAACAAUUUUAUGAUGAUCUUCGCGGAUAAUCUUAUUCCUAAGGAUGUCCUUUCUUCCUCAGUAAGAAGUAUCAUGUAUGGAGCAGGUUUUAUUUGUCCUCAGUGCCUUGUUCUUCUUAGUCAUGCUUGGUUGAAGAAGUUUGGUUAUUACAGAAUCAUCUUAUUUUCCUUUUACUAUGAAGGAGUAGCUGCUGCUGUCAUGUGUCUUCUAGGGCAAGAACACUAUUAUCUGCUGGCAUUCUAUGUCACAACAAACAUGGUAAUUGUGCAAGCUUCAUUUAGCUUGUUCAAUUUGCCUUUGGCAGAUAUUGUUGAUGCAGAUUUAAUAAAGCACAAGAGGAGAUUACCACUUUCCUCUAUGGUUUUUGGUACCAAUGCUUUGUUUACCAAGCCUGCCCAAUCUUUGGCUCCAAUGGUUGUGGUUGCAAUACUGAAUCAUUAUGGAUAUUAUAAUCUGAAUAAUGUACCUGGUCGUCCUGAUAUAAGAUCAUUUUUAGAUCUCCAUGAUGCCAUGUUCUACCUGGUCUGUCUGGUUCCCCUCUGCAUUGCAGUCCUACAGAUCCUGACCUGGACUCCCUUUUCCAUCCAGAACAGCCACCUGGCAGCUCCACAGUAAAAAUGGAGCCAGUGGUCAGUGCUUCUCCUUCUUGUGCUGAACCACAAGAGAGUUCAGUAAGUUUUUCAUGUGAGAGAGCAAAAUUGCAAGAUGAAACAGUUUGAGCUGUUUCAUUCAGUCUCUACAGACUGUGACUCCCAUUCAGCCUUAAUGCUGAGCCUACACAAGUUUUUCCUAGUUCAGUUGCUUUCUCUUAAUGGGUUUUAUCCUUAAUUACUUUAUUUAAAGUAAUUUCUGAUAUAUAAUGAUUCCUCUUAACUCAUUUGAAGGAAGGAUGUGGCAGAUCAGGGAAAGGGAUCCCAGCCCAGCACCUAGAAUUCCAGGGAACUGUAUUUUCUGAAGCCUACUGGUGGAUUAAUUUUGCCAUACUGAUAAAAUGGCAGAUCUCUGAAGUUAAUCUGGAACAUCCCAGUGGACAUCCCUCAUGGAUGGCAGGGAGAUAAAUUUUAGAUGGUGUCUAGCUGGCCAGUAUCAAGACAGAUCUGACAGCAACCAUGGGAAGAGCCAAGAGUGGUUAACUACCCUGUGAAAGUCUGUGUAAGGCUGAAGGAGAAAAGGAUUCAGAUGCUGUUCAGUGUUUCUCAGUAUGGAAAGAAAAAGCUCAGUAAGUCCUCACUGGCUUUCAGAAUCUCUGGUUGGUGGAAGGUCAGUGCAGUUUUCUGGCUUUAAAUGGGAAAAUAAUUUUGAAGGUGUCCUAUAGUUAGUGCUUCAUACAAAAUGUCAUUGUGGCAAGGACAGCAUUAGUCUGUGGAUGUAGGGUUCAGCUCUUGGACAAAUGGAGGCACACACAGUUACUAAACCAAGCUCUCCCUGUUCACUGGUGUUAUGUUGGCUAACUCAUUUGGUGGGUGACUAUUUAAGUUAUUCUGAAUCACCAAGUUGAAGUUAGUUAAUUUCUGAUUAAUUCUUAUCAGUUAAGAUUUUAAAUGAAUCCUGUGAUUUUUAUAAAAUAAAGGGUUUUUGACCAAAAUUUAGAAA